GGGUGGGGACUUUGGACACCCCUACCCCACCCCAGCCGGAGCCCAGGCGCUGGGCCUUGCUGCCCUCCCACACGGGUCAUUCCUCACUGUCCUCACCUGCAGGAUGUUCCUGUGAGCUUUUCUGCGUCACGGCAGUGUGUACUGGUAACCAAGCCUGGUGCUGCUUGACCACAAAGCCAAGUUGCAGAAGAGUCGUUGGGCCUGGAACCUUGAUCCCAGUCUACAACACAAUGUUUGAGCUGGCAGCUCCGCUUGGGAUGCAGCAGGCUGCUCUGCAGGCUCUCUGCAGUCUGCGCCCAUCAGCGUGGAGGUGCGAUUUCUAAGGCCUGCUCCGUCUCCGCCCUCUGGACAGCUGAGGCCUGCGGUACAGCUGCAGUCUGGAGAACCGCGUCGCCAGGAGGGUUUGCUUUGUGGCAUCUGCUGCUACCUCCUGGGUGUCCCCACUGGCUGCUGCCCCUGGAACGGCCCCUCCUGCCCCAGGUCCUCCUGCCUCGCCCCCAGCCUCAGAGCCCCCCGGCUGCUGCUGGCUGCCCUGAGGACCUGGUCCCCUCCAGGCCUCCUCCCGGCCUUGAUUGGCAGGCACAGCGGGCGGAGUCCCUGAACCCUCGCAGUGGAGGUGCAGCCGGGUCCCCUCCGCUUCCCCAAAUUCUUCUGCACUCUCGCGACCACGUGACCACAACCUCACCCAGGCCAAACUGUACCCGUCCUCCCUCGCUCUAACCUCGGGGGCCCGGAGUCUCACUCCAGACUAGAGGAACCGAAAGCAGAAGAGCUGAGACACUGCGACCCCACCUCCGGCUCCCAGAGACUAGACGUUGGCGGCGCUGAGCCGGGGAGGCGGGGCGCUGCCCGGGCUCCCUGCCAGCUUUUUCCCGCUCUCCCCUCUUCCCUGAGCACAGCCCUAGGCUCCUGCGGAGGAGAACCGCUGCGGAGAGAGCCAGACACUCCUGGCACGGGGCAGGUGCGUUGCUCUCGAAAGUGUCUGCAUCAGCCCGCACAGGUGUCAGGACCCGGCUGGGCCCUGAGCUCCCCGGACUUAGUGGAAUCCUGUUUCAUCUUCAAGCCAUCAUGAGUGGUCAGAAGCGCAGGUCCCAGAAGGUCCCACUUGACAUAAAGAACAAUAUGAAAAUAGAGGACUACUUUCCUCAGGUCCCCAAAGAACAGCAGAACAGUUCCAGUAUUUCCCAGGUGAAGGUGAGAUCUAGCAAGAGGCUGAGGGAUAUUACUAAUACCCAGGGUCAAGGGUGCAGUUUUCCUACGCAGACUCCAGAGGACCAGACCACGCCCCUAAAGACCAUUUAUGUUACCCUGAAGGUAAACCCCAGGAAACACCAAAACAUGGCAAACAUGCUCACCCAUAGUGAGAGGGCCAGCUUAUAUGAGGCACUGCACACUCUCGAUGCUGUCAAAGAAGAGGCGAAAACUCACCAAGGCAGAGAAAUGCUGGUAUGUGGCAAAGAAGGAAUUGAAGGGUUCCUAAACCUCACAAUGCCCCUUAGUUGUCUUCCUAAUGGGAGCCAUGUGGAAAUUACUUUUUCCAGACGUGUAAGUGAGCAGAAAGAUGAUAAUAAAGUAUUUGGCUGUUGUGACCGAGCAUCUACUGACUGUGUCAAAUUUUACAUUCAUGCAGUUGGGAAGGCAAGAAAAAGGGUUACUAAAUGUGAGGAGCUUUGCAAAAAAGGGAACAAACUCUGCGUCUUUGGUAUCAAAGGAGAAACCAUCAAGGAUGCCCUGUGCCGGGAUGGCAGGUUCCUUUCCCUUCUGGAGACUCACCAUUGGAGGCUCAUAGGAACACUGACCUCCAGUGUAGAAAGCGGCCAGCUAGUCGACGCCAUGGAGGGCAAGCUCUACCAGCUUGAGGUUGAGAAGAGAAACAGCAGGAGGGCGGCAGCCACACAGAGUUCUGAGUUAGAGGAACAUAAUGCCUGUGUGUUGAAAGAAUACAUUGUGCAAGAGUAUCCCAGUUUGAAAAGAGAAAGGGAAAAGAUCAGAGAAAACCUCAAGAAAGAGAUGAAAAUAAGAAAGAUGAAUGCAAGUUCCUUAGUUAAAUUACAUAGAACAGACUUCGGGAAACAGACAAAAAAUUCCACUCCAGUUAGAACACUCAAGCUUCUUUCACAGCUCAGUGACUCGGUCGGAUUCUUACGCUGGGACAAUAAUGGAAACAUGGGCUGUGCUACCUGCUUUGUCUUUACAGGGUCAUUCAUUCUCACUUGUCGGCACGUGAUCCAUCACAUUGUCGGGGAAGGAGCAGAACCGAGGAAGUGGGCAGACAUAAUCGGGAAAUGUGUAUGGGUGACUUUUGGUUAUGAAGACUUUGCAACAAAAGACGACAACUGGUUUUUCAUUGAACCUUGGCUUAAGAUAUCUGAUGUAACUGUCGACUACGCUGUCCUGAAACUCAAGGAAAAUGGACAACAGGUACCUGUGGGGCUCUAUAACAGAAUUGCUCCUGUACCAUCAAAUGGACUGAUAUAUAUUAUUGGCCAUCCUGAAGGAGAAAGGAAGUCCACUGAUGCUUGUGUCGUGAUUCCUCAGAGUGAGCGAGAACAGACGUGUGAGAGAAAUGUCAGAGAAUCAGUGCCUGACAGUGAUCCUGUGUACGUCCACAUGUACACACAAAGAAGUUUCCAGAAAAUUCUUCACAACCCUGAUAUUGUUACCUAUGACACCAGUUUUUAUUGGGGUUCUUCUGGCUCACCAGUGUUUGAUUCACAUGGCUCACUGGUGGCCAUGCAUACUGCUGGCAUCACUGAUAAGUACUUAGGGGGGACAUUUCAUUUCAUUGAGUUUGGCUCUGCUGUGCAAUGCAUCCUCUCUGAUAUCAUGCAAAAUCAUAAAGAGUGGUUUGAAAAAGAAUGUGUAAGUCAGCAGGAUGUCGAAAUGCCAAGUCAAGAGAAUUGAGGACUGAUAAGCACUUGCCUGUGCAGUUGCUACUCCAUAGCAGUGAUUAUGGUUUUCUAACUUCCAAAGUGGUCAAUUUCAGAAAAAUUAAAAUAGUUGAUAUUAUAGACCAGCUAUGUUUGUAAACCCAUGAAAAAACUAGUCCUGUUCUAAGGUGCAGUUUAAUUGUCAAUUGCUCACUAAGGUUCCUGUCCUCUUCUAGACCUUCAAAGGAUGAUGGCUCAUCAAACAACAAGACCCAUCUUGCCUUGUCUCCUUCAAAUCGGUCACCGUGAGACUUUUAAUCCCUGGCUAGGCUGGGUCAACACCCCUCCUCAGCCUGAAGCAGUUGUAAGAAGACAGACCCUCAGCCCCUCUGCACCCCUUAAGAAUAAGGAGUCAUAGCCCUGGGGUUGGGGAUCAGGCAGAGUAGAAGUAAAGAAGGUAGGAAGGAGACAAGGAAAGUUAUGACUUGUAAAUCAUACUUUUAAGAAGGGUGUGACUUCAAGACACUGAGCUACCAAGGUUAUCCCCACCUCUGCACCCUUGAGCUUGUUCGUGCUUCUUUUCUUCCAGGACCAUCAUACCACAAACCCUUGGGAGAUAAUCUAAGUCUAUAAACUAAUUUAAUUGAUAAAGUAAAGACCUUACGAGAAGUAGAUUCAAAAGUUUGCAAUCAUGUUUUUAGGCCAAAUAUUUUAGAUGGCUCAUCUUUAAAAAAAUACAGUAUACUGGGCCCUGUGCCUUUCUCCUGUAAAAGGAGCCAUUAUCUUCCUGCUUGUGGGUGGGUCAUCACUUUUUUCCUGUAAAUUGAGUCUAUAGAUUGACAAAUUCCACUCCCAAAAACAUAAAUAUUCCCUUCUUUCACUAUAAUGUACCUCCCUCCCUUUUGAAGGCUCACACUCUAUUUCUUGGAGUAUGUACUGUAAAAUUCUGCCUUAUAAUCCCUUUAUGUGUCUUUUAAAAAAUUAGUUCUAGGGCCGGGAAUUUAGCUCAGUGGUUUCGCCACCUACUGCGCAAGCACAAGGACCCCAGUUCGAUCCCUGGUACCAAAAAUAAAGAAAUAAAAUAAAAAAUUAGUUCUAACAACUCUAUGAAGUAAGUUAUUGCCCCUAUUAAAGUCAAGCAAUAUGAAGCAUGAGAAGAUGAUCAGUUUCAUGACAAUAAAUGUCAUGUAACUUGAUUUUUUUCAGCUUCAGUUUCUUCCCCUAAAUUUACUUGCCUCAGAGAAGCAGCUCAAAUUUGUUCAUCUAGUUAUCCCCAAUAUCUGACUUGUGAGAGUGGGCACUUAGAAAAUGUCGGGGUUAACCAGAAGACAACCUGGGGCUGCUGUUCACAUUCCCUGAGGAGCUGAAUGGCUAUUAAGAGGUGAUCACAAACAAAGUCCUUCAGAAUUUCCAAAAUCCUCAGUUUGCUGAAACUGUCGGAAUAUGUGUCCUGAAAGUCAGAGGGCCAUAUCUGCUUUUCCCACAUUUAUAGACUAUGAGAACAAGCAGGACGUCUUUUUAAAAAUCAUACCAAUUUACUCAGAUUUCCUCUGUUUCUCUCUGAUUUCCUUUGUUCUGUCCGAGAUCCCACCCAAUGCUCACAUUGCAUGUGUCAUGUCCCCUGAGGCACCUCUGGGCUGUGACAGCUUCUCAGCCCUCUGUUUUGAUGACCUUGGUAGCUGGGAAGAGCGCUGUCGGGCAUUCUGUAGGACACCCCAUCUGCUGGACUCUGUCAAAUGUUUUUCUGAUGAUGAGACUUGGUAAUGAGUUCUGAGGAGGAAGAUGGCAGGAGAAAACACCAUUUGGGCCCUAUCAUACCAAGGCUCCUACUGUGCAGUGAUCCGUGACUGUUGGUGUUAAGCUUAAUCGCCCGGCUGUGGUGUUUGUCAAACCGGACCCAGAGUCUCUCCCACUCUUUUGCACCCUGCGUGCUCUGACCUCUGUAUGUGUGGCCUCCAAACUUUUCUGUACCCAUCAAGGUCCUCCCAUGCCCUUCCCAGCCUCUCGGAGGCUAAGCACUCACUCUACCAUGGAGCUACAAUGAGCCCCCAGGAGUUGUAAGUAAUAACAUGUUCAUUUCCAUCUGUUUCUCCUACUCACUCAAAGUGGGCUCUCCAUAUUAAAGAUUCUCAAUUUAAGGAGAGCAGAGAAAUAUUUGUGUGUAUAUUGACUUGUACAUAUACACAUAUCUAUAAAUAUUUGUAGAGGUAAACUUCUGUAUCUACAAUAAAUUAAGAAAUUCUUGCUAAUGUCUCCAACUGUGAUCCAUAACCUGCAGAUACUUAGCUUCCUCCCCUUGCUCAUCUAUAAAUCUGCACCCCAAAUGUGGGAAACAUGGCUGCUACAUCCUUCAAUCAUUUACUUCAUUGUUAAUACAUAUAUGGCAGCCACAAAUGUGUCAACCUGUACCGGGAUGGGAAAUCACUUUCUCAAUCAACUGGACCAUAGUGCGUAUGUGUAGCUUCUUUUUGCCUUUAAUCCUAUACGCUCCUUUCCUUCCCAGAGUUACUUAGGUCAGUACCUUUUCCCUCAUCCCCUUGAGUGAGAUUGUUUCAUAGAUUUUACAGCACAAUUAUACAUGUGCUACAUUUAGAUUUUCUUCUUAUAGCCUACAUUCAUUCAUUCUGUCCUUUGAUACAUUCUCCUCCUAAAUAAUGGCUUAAAUUUGUAUACCUCAGACCCUCUGUAUAUGCUGUACAGGUCUGUGGGUUUUAACAAGUCCAUAAUGUCAUACACCUACCAUUACAGGGUCAUACAGAAUAGUUUCUGCACCCAAAAGUCCCCUAUACUUCAUCUACUUCUCUCUUCCCCUUUUCCCAAGCCCCUGGCCAAGGCUGAUCUUUUUAUUGUCUUUAUACCUGUAGCUCUACCAGAAUGUCAUAAUUGUAGUCAUAUAGUGUUAUGGUUUGUAUCUAGAUGUUCCCCCCAAAGCUUCAUGCUCUCAUAGUGGGGCUUUUGGAAGGUGGCUGGAUCAUGGGUGUGUGACACUGGGAUUAACAGUGUGUGGUACUGGAUCAGUCCACUGAUUGGAUUAUCGUAGUUCUGGCUGUGACUGAAUCAAUUUACUGAAAACAGAUGCCCCACCCUGCAUGUGGGUACACCAAGCAAUAGACUUGAACCCUGGAUGGAAUAAAAGGAAAGGCAGGCUCACUGCUGCUGCUUUCUGCCUGCCCUGCCAUGGACUGUUUCUCCUCUGCAAUGCCCCUCUGCCAUGUGCCACCCUGCCUUGGAGCCAGCCAGCCAUGGACUGAAACCUCUACAAACUGUGAGCUGAAAUACACUUUUCCUUCUUUAACUUUGAGUGUCAGGUAUUUUGUCUCAGAAAUGAGAAAACUAACUAAGACAUACAGUAUGUAGCCUUUUCAGACUGACUAAUGUGCAAUUCAAGUUUUUGUAUAUCUUUUGUGCCUUGACAGCUCAUUUUUUUCCAAUGCUGAAUAAUAUCCCAUUGCAUGGACUUACCACAAUUUGUAUAUUCAGUCACAUUUUGAAUAAGGUCUUCAAUGCUUCCAAUUGCUUGUGAUUAUGAAUAAAAUUGUUACAAGA